CCCGUCAGGCAAAGAUCCAACCCCAACUGACGGAAGUCCUGACUUUCAUCCACUUUCAGCACAGACAGCACGGAUGACACUGUGAUCAUCUCCUCUCAGCUCCACAUGCAGAUCAGACGGACUCUCUCUCCCUGUGUUUGAGACUGGAUUCAGGCAGAAUGAAGACGGUUUUAGCGUUGAUUCUUCUGUUCUUUAAAGUCGGAGUUUACUCGUUAACGGAGAACAACUUUAAUGGAGAUAUCAGAAACUUUGUUGUUGGAAACGGGAAGGUGUUUGUUGUGACCGACUCUCAGAUCAUCCAGAUGAAGCACGAUCUAAUAGUGGAGGAACGCAGGGAAAUCUCUAACCUCACACACCCAAACACAGUUACUAUUUUACUGCCUUUCCAGACGAAUAAGACCCUGAUCACCUGUGGAACUUUUGAAUGUGGCUACUGUGAAGUUCUCGAUUUAAACAAUAUUUCCACAAGUAUCUACUGGGAGGACAUGUCAGCUGGACCGUUUGAGGACGAAUCUUCUGUUGCUUUUCUAGUAGAUUUUAAUCAAGGAGAGCCAGAAACAGGUACAUAUAUGCUGGUUGCCAGAAAGAAGGAAGACACGGUUAUUCAGAACCCUCAACAUAAGUGUCUCCACAAUGGAGUUUUUACUCUGUGGAAUACUCUGCACUCUCAGCACGGAGGCAUCUUCUCUAAAAUACAUUCCGAAUCAACCGAUCACAGCAUUUCUCCAGAGGGUGAUGUUGAAUGGGUUGACGGGUUCCAGACAUCUUCUCCCUCUCACUCGUACCUGCUGGUGAAUGUUCAGUCUUUAACAGCUCCAGCAGUGAUAGUGUUAAAGAUGGAAAACAGUAACAGUAAAUCAGAUAUGAUCAAAUCUCUCCAAGGAUCAGAGUUACAGUGCUGUGAUGAUAAACCCCGUCGGAGACUCCUGUCGUCCUCCGGCGUUAACUCCUCUGGAUCUCCUUUUUACUGGGUGGGAGUUUUUACUGCGCAUGAAGACCCAGAGAACACUGUAUUGGCGAUUUACAAUUUUAGCCAGAUCCCAAACCAAGUGCCUUCACAAUUCUCCUGUUCACCAGCGUGCAGAGCUAUGAAGGGAGAUGCUGUUUUGACUCCUCGUGCUGUGGUGUUGAAUCUCACUUCAAUGACAUCUGUAGCAGCAGAGAAGAAAGAAUCCUGGAUUGUGAUUUACAUCGGAACUAGAAAUGGACAACUAAUGAAGAUGGUGCUGGAUAAGGAAUUGAGAUCUAGCUGUGUGACAGUGCUGUAUAGAUCUGAUGACGAUAGGAUGGUGUUUCCCAGAAUGCACUUUGACCAAGUGGAUCAUAAACACAUCUACAUAGCUUUAAGAAAUCAAAUUAGGCGGGUUGCAGUGACUCAGUGUGAUGUGUACAGAACCUUAAGAGACUGCAGGGCCUCACAAGACCCUUUGUGUGGGUGGUGUGUGACUACAAGCAUGUGCUCCACCAAUGAUGAGUGUUCAGACUCUUCUUGGAUCUCCAUUCCUGAAGCCUCUUUUGAGAAAAACCUGAUCACAUUUCACACAAGAGAAAGAUCCACAACGGUCACUUUAGAGCUCCAUUUGAAUGUGAAAGGCACACAUAAUCCUACCUUAACCUGCACCUUCAAGGUAGGAGAUAGGAAUUUGUGCCACUCAACUGCAGUCUUCCCCAGCUGCUCCUGCAGUUUCUCCAGUGAGCGUCUACCUGCUAAUGUUACAGCUACUGUCACUGUUGGAAAUCAGAUACUCACUGAGAGUCUGAAACUGAGGAGCUGCCCAGAUAUUACAGAAAAUUCACCAUUUGCUCAGUGUGUAGCGUGUGUCUCUGCAGGCUGUGAUUGGUCCAACAGUAAUAAGAAGUGCAACUGGAUUUCCGGCUCUGUCAGCAAUCCCACCUUCAAUGAUGCAUGUCAAGGAUUAUCUUCUGGAGAGAAUGCACCAAAGAUCACUUCUUUGGAGCCCAGUCUUGUAUCUUUUCAUGGGAGAAACAAUGCUGUGAUUAAAGGUGAAAAUCUGAGAAUGGUGGAGAAAAUUCGCUUCCAGGGGUUCAUGGAGUGCACUGUUACAGAGACUAAAGUGCUGGAUGGCUCCAGUGAUACUCUUCUAAAGUUUAAUAUUCCAAAAGGAAAUAAAGGAAAUGCGAAGGUGUGUGUGGUGACAGCAGACGGUCUGUGUCACAGUAGCGCCACCAUCACCUACGGCUCCACGAUCUCUUGUACUAGACUGCAGCCUACAGUCAGCUGGGCCAGUGGCCGAAGGAAGAUCCAAGUGAUUGGGGAAAAUUUGGCGUAUGUGGAAACAGUUCAUGUUGCAUCUGAUGCGAUUACCCUCAUCUCAAACAAGACAUUUUGGUUCCAUACUUCUAGUCUGAGCAAAUACAAGGAGAAUGUGCCUUUCAGUGUGUCUCUCAGAGUGGGCAAUUUUAACUUAUCCUGUACGGAUAAACUUAUUUACCAUCCUGAUCCAGAAUUCACCACUUUCUCCUACUCAAAUGUAGAGAAAGACCUGCUGGUCAUCGUACAGAAAACUGAAGACAAGCUGAAUAUUAGUACUGAAGAUAUAAAUGUUCAGGGAUGGUUUAAAGGCAAUCCUCAUGUGUGUCACAUACAAGAGAUUAAAUCCACUGCAGUCAUCUGUAAGAUUUUUGGAGGGAAUAAAGAUGUUACCAGUGUGGAUUUACUUAAGGUUGAAGUUGGAGACUUUAAAGCAGAUCUAGUGAAGAAUACCCCAGUAUAUAUCUAUAUACUUGUUGCGUUAAUCAUUUUGAUUCUUAUUGGAUCCCUUGUUGGUGUGCUGAUCCAUCGCAAGAGCCAACGAAAAAUGAGUGAGCGAAUGAAUGAGCGCCUGGAAGAACUUGAGUGUGAGAUUAGAAGCGAGAUCAGACAAGGAUUUGUGGAUUUACAAACGGAACAUUCAGACUUAAUUCAAAAUGUUGGAGCCAUUCCUUUUCUGGACUACAAACAUUUUGCUUUAAAAAUCUUCUUCCCUGAGGGUGGACCUUUGGCAAAUAUGAUGAUCAAAGACAUCAGCCAGGUGGCUGUGAAAAUAGAAGUGGACGAGAAAUGCCAGGUUUUCUCUGCACUGAUCCGAGAUCAGACGUUUCUCACCUGUUUUGUCCACGCUCUGGAGGAACAGAAAAAUUUCAGCAUAAAGGACAAGUGUGUAGUGGCAUCUCUGCUGACUGUAGCCCUGCAUGGUGACCUUCCGUAUCUGACCCAGCUGAUGGAGGACCUUCUCCAGAGUCUGAUGGAUCAGCCCAGCAAUGCUCAGCCCAAACUCCUGCUGCGCCGUACAGAGUCUAUAGUGGAAAAAGUUCUCACCAACUGGAUGUCCAUCUGCCUCUACGGCUUCCUCAGGGAGUCGGUUGGGCAGCCUCUGUUUUUGCUGGUGUCUGCUCUGACCCAGCAGAUUUCUAAAGGGCCAGUGGAUGCGGUGACCGAGAAAGCUCUGUAUACUUUAAAUGAAGACUGGCUGCUGUGGCAGGCUCAAGACUUCAACUUCAGCCCACUGAAGCUCAAUGUGCUGUUUGCUGUGGGGACAGAAGGUGAAGUCAGUGAAUCAUUGGAGGUCAACGCAUUGACUUGUGAUACCAUUGAGCAGGUCAAAGAGAAGAUCCUGCAAACUUUCCAGCGCAAGUUUGGCUUCCCGUACACACAACAACAGAGAGAAAUUGAUAUAGAAUAUGAAAAAGGAGGGCGUUACACGCCAUUAGAGGAAGUUGAUGGCAGCUCAGAGGUUCAAGGGGAGGUGACCAUGCUGAACACACUCAAGCAUUACCAAGUCCCAGAUGGAGCUUCCAUUAAAGUUAUGACCAAAAAGCUCCAUGCUCCUCUCAGUCCACAAACAAGUGUAAAAGAUGAUCAGAACUUCUCUACAAAGUACUUCCACCUGAUUGACCCAGACAUCGACAAGGACGAGAGCAAUCAUCCAGAGAGGAAGAAAUUAAAGCUUAAAGAGAUUUACCUCACCAAACUGCUCUCAACCAAGGUGGCAGUGCACUCCUUUGUGGAGAACCUCUUCAGGAGUAUCUGGGGAAUGCCCAACAAUAAAGCUCCAUCAGCAGUGAAGUACUUCUUUGAUUUCCUGGACGCACAAGCUGAGAAGAAAAAGGUGACAGAUCCUGACGUUGUUCACAUCUGGAAAACAAACAGCCUGCCACUACGUUUCUGGAUAAACAUUCUGAAGAACCCCAACUUUGUGUUCAGUGACCUAGAGAAGACACCUCACCUGGAUGCCUGCCUGUCUGUCAUCGCCCAAGCCUUCAUGGACUCAUUCUCCCUCACUGACCAACAGCUGGGCAAGCACGCACCAACCAAUAAGCUGCUGUAUGCAAAAGACAUUCCUCAGUACAAACAGGAAGUAAAGAUGUACUACAAGCUGGUAAAAGAUCAGCCGUCUGUGAGCAGCCAGGAGUUCAAGACAUUCUUACAAGAUGAAUCAAAGAAGCAUGAAAGUGAAUUUAAUGAAUCUGCUGCACUUCGUGAGCUAUAUAAAUACAUGGAUCGGUAUUUUUCUGAGAUCACUGAGAAGCUAAAUCAGAGGGACGCUUCUUCUAAACUGAAAGAGGAAAUGAAUCGCGUAAAGGAGCUUUUUGAUGACAUGAAAAAAAGCUCCUGGACCUGAGCGUCUGUCUGUUUAGUUUAGGUUUGCACAGAAUGCUCUUCCCCCUGGCUGACAUCUAGAAUGUAAAGAGAAGUGAAAAGACUUGGGUGGGGCCUAAAUAUGCACUUGUGUGUUAGAACACAGAACUACAGCCACAGCGCUGCAGAACGGACAUCCUGUUGAAAUCAAGCAGAUAUUAAUGAUAUUAAUGUAUUUCAGCUAAGCUCUACGUUGGCUAGAAAAUGACAUUUUAUACUGAUAAAGGUCCAAAUCUCAAGUGUCCAAAUCAAAAAUGCUACACAUGCAGCAAAGCUGAUUACAGGGCAGUAUAAUAGGCAUAUUUUAAUAUAUCAGUUCUUGUGUUGUUUUUCUAUGAACAUCAAAUUGUUUUUCUACUAUUUGAUUUCACCAAUAAUUAUAAUGCAUUAUUUCUAACUUACUAACAUAAGCUAUCCUAAUUCUGAUUUUAAUGACAUCCUUACAAGCUAAAAAAAACUAUGCAAAAACUUGCCUCUAACACACUAAUGCUUCAGGUAAUUCUACGGGUCCACUGUAUUCAAUGCUUUCUAUAUGCUUUAAACAAAUAAACUGAUAUUGGACCUUUUUCCAUUGCUCCAUUGUCCGUUUUUGCCGGUAAGCCUCACAAGUGGUUUCUUAAGGCUACAAAGCAGUUUAGCCCCAAUCCCUUGAAUUGCCCUUGUAUUGUGCACACAGAAAUGCUCUUACUUUCACUAUUAUACAUAUCACACCAGUUUUAGUGUUGUUUAUAUAUUAUUUGAUUUUACCUUCAUUAUAAUGCAUUAUUACUAACAUAAGCUAUCCUAACUGUAAUUUUGAUGAAAUUCUAACAAGACAAAACAUACCUAUACAAUAACAUCUCUCUAACACACUAAUGCUCCAGGUAAUUCUACAGGUCCACUGUAUUCAAUGCUUUGUAAAUGAUUUUUGUCAAAGUUUGCAAACAAAUAAACAUAUAUUGUGGUACUGCAGUGGUGCCAAUGAACUGCAUGUGAUGUCAGGGCAUCUUCACCCAAUAAAAUAGUAACGCAGUAACA